GCCGGUGGGGAGGCAGCGGCCCAGUGCCGGCGGGGUGGGAUGCUGGGGAGGCUGCUGGGGCGCAGCCCCGGGCUGUGGCGGCCGGUGGCUUGGCCAGUCCUGCACCCCACCAGAGCCGUCGGCAACAAAGCAAAGGGCGCUCAGGAUGCAGCUUUGCAGGCGGCUAAUCCAGGUUACAAAGCUUUCAAAAAUGACAGAAGGCCUACAAAUUUUGAUAAAAAGGUGUUAGUAUGGGCAGGACGCUUUAAAAAGGAGGAGGACAUUCCCAAGCACAUAUCGUCUGAGGUCCUCGACGCAGCAAGGAGCAGCGUUAGGAUAAAGGUUUGCUACAUCAUGAUUGCACUGACCUUGCUGGGCUGUUUGGCCAUGGUAAUCACAGGCAAAGAAGCUGCUAAAAGGGAUCACACGCUGCUGAGGUUGAACACAGAAAAGAAGGCCCAAUGGAGGGCUGAAGUGGAGAAAGAUGAAGAGGCAGCUGCUGGGAAGCCACAAUGA